AUGACUGCAGGUCUGGAGAAAGCCUGCCACCGGUGCAUAUCUAAAAUUGCCAGCAAUGCAUGGUUUAUAUUUGGGCUCCUUGCUUUCCUUGCCUUACCACUGUCCAUGACUUUUACAGGAAUGAAGUUUUUGGAAGAUUGCCCAGUUCAGCCACUAAUUCCAUUAUAUCUGUUGGUGGGUGGCGUGAUUGGCAGCUUAAAGGUGACUCUCCUGCUGUACGACUCAACCAGGAUGAGGCAGCUGCUUUCCAAGUCUGUUGUGAUUGAUGAUGAUGACGACGAUGAAUAUCCCUGGAGGCAGAAUGCUCACAAGUACUACAUCCAUCUAACCCUCAGCCUUUUCCUCUUUCUCUGGUUCAUUCUUGGGAACUACUGGGUUUUUUCUGUGUACCUGCCAAAUUUCAUCCCACCUUUCCAUCAGCCUCAGGAUUACUGUGACAAAAUUCUGUACAUUUUUGCUGUUGGUGUUCUCAUUAUUAGCCAUACUGUUCUCUUUCUCCUUAUCUUCUGUAGCUGCUGCAUAUAUUGUUUUUCCAGGCAAAGAUACUCUUCUGAGGAAGACUAAAUGCCACAUAAAUAAAGCCCCAGAUGUUUGGGAAAGAGUGUACAACAAAGAGCAAGCAAUAAUUCACCCUUGUGUACAUCUUUGUUGUACUAUAUAUAUGUAUGACAGCACUCAAGUGCAAAAGGAAAUGGUAAAACACAGUGCCAUCUGGAAAUAGCUAAGCUGGAAUACAGCACAGACGAUGUAAAAUUGCUGCUACAGAUGCCAGGGUGCACUUUUGCUAACUUCUGCAUCCCUGUUUUAACUCUUGGAUAUUCUGUCUGGAGUAAGCUCUUGCAGAUGACAAGCUUCUCUGAAACCAGGUCCCCUUACAUUGUUUCAGCAUAGCAAAUCUUUGCCUACAAAAGUAGCCAUGUUGCCGUUUUCACUGGGGUCUGAACAUCUCUGUAGCCUUGCUGAGGCAUGUCACUGUCCCUGCAUUACAGGUGAGGGAGCUGAGACAAAGAGAUAAAGAGCUGUAUUCAGGUGUCCUCGCAUG